AGCCAUUUGUGUGUCUCUUUCGCCAGAUGAUAAGUAAUUUUAGCAACAUCGCAGAAAAAUGCCGAGACCUAUGAAUUUCGAUGGCGUGUUCAUUGUUAGUUGUCUUUUAUGUUUGGCAACUCAUUUUGUAAACACAGCAAGGAGUCAUGAGAAUCACAAUGGCCACGAGGAACGAUAUCCUGCAAGUUACAAUUUGUCACUAGAAGCGGUUGGAAAAUAUUCCUCAUUUCAACACACACAUUCCACCAUACUUGACCUGGAUGGCGUAAUGGUUCUCAGCUGGACUCCCGAUCUCGAAAAACAGGAAGUAACGUUCACCAUAUCAGCUCGGACUCGUGGCUGGGUUGGUCUAGGUAUCAGCAGCAACGGAGCCAUGCACGGCGCUGACAUCGUGACGGCAUGGGUGAAGGGCGACCGUGUGUACGUCCAGGACCGUUACGGUGACGGUCACAAGACGCCGCCCGUGGAUGACAAGGGCCACUGGCAAGCCUUGGCAGCUUAUGAGAACAACACGCACACGGUCGUCACGGUCAAGAGGGACAUCAAUACAUGCGAUCUGCAGGACUUUCCUCUUACUAACGAUACUACGCGAUUUAUCUUCGCCUGGGGCCCUGUUGAUCCUGAAGGAGAAUUUCCACCAUACCAUGGACCGAGGCGCGGAGCGAAGUUUGCGCUCGCUUUGUUGCCAUUCCACAAACCCACUCCGAACCUAAAAAAUUACAAGACAUGGCGUAUUUCUCUUGAGACUCCGCUGCCUCCAGACAAAAAAACAUUUUACUGGUGCCACAUUGAGAAAAUUCCUCAGUUGGCGAAAAAACAUCACUACAUCGGGUUUAGCAUGAUAUACGGCAACAACUCGAAGACAUUUUUGCAUCACUCUGUUGCGUUCGAGUGCAGAAGUAAUGACCCCAAACGUCCAGCAUCUGAUAUAUAUGAACAGAACGUUGGGCACGCCGGAUACGAGUGCUAUACCCCCAGCAUGCCAGACCACUUCAAGACCUGCGAGACAUUCUUCAUCAACUGGGCCAUUGGAGGCGAGGGGGAACUACUGCCCCAGACUGUGGGUGUUCCCAUCGGGGAGCAGUACGGCGGGGCUGACUACCUUCUCAUCCAAACUCACUAUGACAACCCCCAUUUGAAACGAGACAUUACGGUGGCCUUCUCCAUGGAUAUUUAUUACACUGAAAAUCUCAGGCCCAAUGAAGCUGGAAACUUCGCAGUCGGUCACGCCAUUAAUUUCGGCCUAACAAUUCCACCCAAAACGCCACUGUGGGUGACAGCUGGCCAUUGUUCCGAACACUGCACCAGGCAAGCAUUCCCACCUACAGGAAUUAACGUCUUCAUGGUCUUCCUACACGCACAUUACCUAGCGAGGGCGAUAAGAGUGCGACACUUCCGGGAUGGUGAAGAACUCCCUCUUCUGGCUGAGGACUCCCACUUCGCGGCAGAUUUCCAGCAGUCCAGGAAACUGAGCGAAGAAGUGUCUCUUCGGCCCGGCGAUCACAUUACUGUUGAAUGCGACUACCAGUCAACAGAUCGCGACACCGCUACGUUUUCUGGCUGGGAGGCAAAGGACGAAAUGUGCCAAGCAUUCAUCAGUUACUACCCAAGAGUUGACUUGGCCUUAUGUAGGUCCACUCCUACCGUCAACACGAUGAGGGACGCUCUCGAAAUGCCGUAUAUACCCAGCGACGUUGAUCUAUCGGAAUACGUGUUCUGUAUGAAGCUGCUCAACGGCCAGCACUAUCAGCCUUCUGUCAACGCCAUCGACUGGAACGCAAGAGACAAGCGCAGGACCAACCAAAUCAUGGCGCAGGGCGAACAUUUCAUCAAGUGUUUAACGCACGGUCGAGUCGCGAUGAAUCUGGAUCACAACACCACGCGGUAUCCAGGGAAUGCAUCUCCUUUCCAGCAACGACCGCUGCAUAACCAGUGCCUUGGAAUGCCGGACAGCGAUUUCUACGCGGAGCACAGCCAUCAUCAUGAACAUGAUCACCAUGACGAGGGCGAUCAUGGUCAACAUGAUCAUGGUCAACAUGAUCAUGGCCAACAUGAUCAUGAUCAACAUGAUCAUGAUCAACAUGAUCAUGAUCAACAUGAUCAUGGUCAACAUGAUCAUGGUCAACAUGAUCAUGGUCAACAUGAUCAUGGUCAACAUGAUCAUCCCGAUCAUCAUGAUCAGAGGGUUCAGAACGGAUUUCAAGAUCAUGCAGACGAUGAAGAAUCUAACGAGCGUCACUCAGGAGACCACGAACAUAGUUCUCAUGAACAUCAUCAUUCUGGCGAUAGUGAAAAUGACGACCAUGCCCAUCACCCUGAACAUGAUCAUCCUGAUCAUAAUGAUGACAGUGAAGAUGAACAAGACAUGUUAGACUAUGACUAUGAAGAACAAGAUAGCUCAAGAUCAACGGAACUUAAGGUUCUAUCAUUCUUUUUGGUGUUCGGAAGCACCAAAACGAUCUCUGAAGAAGAGUUGGUUGGAAUUGCUUCUUUUGAAGUUUGUUUGGCGAAUGUACACGUUGCUUGUAACGUGUGA